AUGGUGGAUUGUAGUAGGUGGGCGAGUUUGAUUGUGUUGGAGAAUUGUGGGUCUGGAGUGACAAAUUGUAAGCCGGUUGAGCUGGUUGGUUGUUCUGGGGAGGUUGAUCGGGUUUUAGGUGGUGGCAGUUUGAAGGAGACGAAGGACGAGGAAGAUUUGGAGGAGGAGGGAUCUGGGGAGGAGUUGGAACAUGAAGAAGAUUUGGAUCAGGAUUUGGAAGAGAAGUCGGAAGAGGAAUCGAAUGAAGAUUCCGAUGAUGAUGAUGUGGAAGCGGUGGCGGAGGGGAAAAUGGAGAUACAUUUGAGCUCCAAACGCAAGAAAUAA